GAGCUGCACCAAAUUCAUAAUUCAUUAAGUAACAUGUUUGUGGACAUAUGUUUGUGUGUGUCUGAACUAUAUUUGGAUGUACUGGCUAUAAAAAGCCCUCAGUGCAAAGUGACCUUUAGCAGAAGUCAGAUCUCCUGUCCGUGCUGUUGCUGACUGCCCAUGAGAGAAGAUUCAAGCCUAUUAAAAUUGCAUUUCUUCUCUUCUUGUUCCCCAUGAGGAUGACCAAAGAGGCCAUAUCUCUGCACUCCCUGAACGAGACACUAAACAGGGUGGAAAACAGGCUGCAGAAUGUGGAGACUCAGUUCAAAGAGCUGAACUCUGCCAUGGAGAAACUGACAGAGAAGCUGCAGUUUCAGGAUAAAACUCUGGAGAAGCAGGUGGGCGAGGAUGAGAUGUGGAUAUCCUUACUGGAGGACAGGUUCACUUCAGUGGAGAUAAAUCUUUUCUACAGCUAUGUCAGUGAAAUGCUUUGCUGCUUGCAUUCCUGUGUCAGAGCGAAGCUGCCAGAUCUGGCGGGAGGCCUCCCCACCUUAGCCUCUGUCAUGAGGCGCAAAGGCAAGAACCAGAGAAUUAGACUGGUGUGGGAAGCAGUGCUGGAGAUGCUGGGGCUGCAGGAAGGAGAUGUCUUAGCUCUAUGCACCUUUUUCAUCAUACAUUGCUCUGAAGCACAGUAUUACCCAGCUAACCAGAGGCAAAAGUACACCAGUGAUAUCAGCACGAUGAUAACCAAGGUGGUGAAGAACCAGAUCCUUCGACAGAGCCUGCUGUGUGCUGUCCAGGUGGAAGAGACUCGCAGAGCACAGACGGAUCCAAAAAAGAUAGCAACCCUUGUCCAAAAAUAACCUAUGUGGCAGAUUUCUUAAACUCCCUUGCCCACUUAGGACAAACAAGCUUACAACCUAAACUGGUUCCUACAUAAACAUGCAAUUACAUACUCAUGCAUGUGUAUAUCAACACACAGAUCCGUAUGUACAAACGCUCUGAACCAUGACACACCAAUGUGUAUCAUGAGUCUGAAAAGCCAGGCAGAUUCCCAGAAUCAAUACAGCAGUCAUAUAAGAUUUUCAUCACCAUCAUAUACAAGCUCAGUAUGUACAUGCAAAUGUGUAGCCAGAGGCUGCUGGGAGGGACAGAAAGAUUCUUCUGUCUCUUAGCUAAAAUAUUUUGACACUUGCAUAAUGCUGAAGAGUUCAAACGACAACAUUUUCCAGCAUAAAAUCUGCUUUGCUCUACUUUGUAUUCUCAUUGCAUGUCUAUGAAAGCUGUAAACUGUAGUAUGAA